UCCCGGCGCGCCAGUCGCCGAUCGACGCUCGUGAGGCGCGUAUGCAACGCGCGCGCGCUUCCCCCACACGUGUGUUUUUUUUCCUUCCUCUACCUACGACAAUCUUACACACGGCAUCGCUUUUUUUCUCUGACUCGCGUCUGGACUGCGCGGGUGAUAUCUGUGCGGUGCUUCUUACUCUCUCGCUCUCUCUCUCUCUCUCUCUCUCUCUCUGCAGUGCUGGUGCAGCAGCGUUCCGUCUCGAUACACACGUACACUGCACACAGCACACGCAUGUGUAUUAUUGACCCUCGCGGGAUCGUGGGAGUAUCUCCGCGCGGCUCGUGACCUAACCUAGCCGCAGGAGGAGGAAGUUCCCUGUGUGCAGUACUCGACAAAGGGAGAUAGACGCGAAGAGGAAAGGAACCUCGACCAAAGUGCUUCUGCUGCUGUUUGUUUAGUUUCGUCGUUGCUUUUUUUUUCUUUUUAUUUUCCUUUCCCUUCUGUUCGCUGUGUCAUAAUCGGGGAGCUCGCGAGUGGACGUAUAUAUGAUAAAUGUAUAAGCUCGUAAUAAUCGCACUGCGCGCGCGGAGCCGGUGAUUUGUUUUGACAUGUGUGUGGCCAUACUGGAUUACAGCAGCGACAGCCGCGAGUGAUAUCAAGACGGAAAGAAAGAGGAAAUCACCCGCAGGAGCCGCUUCGCCCCCGCUCUUUCUCUCGUCCCGCCUCCGUCGUCGACCCUCCAACGCACAUCGCAAGAGAGGACCAGGCCGAGCUGUAGUCAUGGGACUUCGAUUGACAAUCGCGCCGUGCAGUUAAGGUCGGGCCGUUGAUGCCUGAUGGCGCGCGCUGGCACUCAGCGCUGGAGGAACCCCGCUCCAGAAGGUGACGAUGUGCAGCGAUCGAUCGAGCUGUUGGACAAAGUGCUCUCCGAAUACGACGAGCACGAGGUCGAGGGCGAAGGUGGCGGCGGUGGUGGUGGUGGAGGCGGAGGAGGAGGAGUCGGCGGAGGACUCGCGACGACGACCGAUUGCAGCAGCAGCACCGAGCCGAGCAUUGGCCUCACGCCGGAUGACGAGAGUCCGUCCUUAGGACACCAAUCCGAGGACGACGGAUACAUGAGCAUGAAUGGCCGGAAAGCGAAGAUGGCGUUGGUAGCAUUACGUCCGGUACCGGAUUGCCCCGAGCCCCAGGAUACCACUGGAGCUCCAGCUCAGGAAUUUCCUCCGCCGCCAGAAGAGGCCGAAAGAAUCAUCUCCACUCUCCUCCCCAUGGUUUCCCCAGGAAACUCGUCGAAGAGAAGUGGUCAGAAGCAGCAGCAGCAACAGGGACGCAACCGAGGAGGCAACAAACAGCAGUGGAUGGCCGCGAUGGACGACCCGAAACGUCCAGGACAGGCCGUCACCACGCAAACUACCCUCCCGAAGACGAGGCAUCAGCGGCCCUACGGCUGGGAGAACGGCGGCAACCACGCAGUGGAGCCCUUCCUCCUGGCGGAUCCGCCGAGUCCGCCGAGCAAGUUCGCCAGUCUGCCUUACGACGGCAAGGUGUCGUUCAACUGGACAACGGCGCGAAGCGCCCCGACGCCGGAGAGCAACAACAAGCGCCGCCAGUCCUCGGAGGACGGCCUCGAGGAGCUGCGACAGUCGUCCGAGGAUGGCCUCGACGAGGAGGACGAGGUCGACGACGAGGAGGCUGACGACGCCGACGAGGACGGCGAAGAGGACGACGAGGACGAGGACGAGGACGAGUCGAAUCACCCCAGCCCCGAGAAGGAGAGGGCUGCCUCGGCGCACAACAACCACCAUCACCUGCACCACCACCUGCACUCGCGCAGGCCGCCUAGGCAGACCGAGAUCUGCAAGUCCAGCAGCGUGGAGGACCGCCUGCUGAUGAACAACCACCACCCGCACCACUCGCGCAGCGCAGCCUCGGGCAGCCACAGCACCUGCGGCGGCAGUCGGCUCCUGAACAACGGCAGCGGCACCGCCGGCAGCACCACGAGCAACGGCGCCGGCUCGGCCCGUCGCCGACGCAACAACUCAGACUCGAGCGAGGGCCGUUUCUCGCGCGCCGCCAGCGAGGCCGAGUCCCGCGGCUCGAUGCCCCGCUCCUCGUCGGUCAGCGUCGAGCGCUUCUCCAUGCGGGCCAACUGCGACAGCUCAGACUUCUCGCGCGCCAACUCCACGUCGAACGAGCGCUUCCACUCGGACUUCUCGAUAGCCGUGGCCAGCGCCAGCUCGAACGACCACGUGAGCGUGCCGACCUCCGAGCCCUUCUCCAUCCGCAACCUCGACUUUGUCUCGUUCAGCCUGCCGCACGCCGACUCGAGCGAGCGCUUCUCCGCCCAGACCUCGGACCGCUGCUCCGAGGAGAGAUACUCCGAGAUAUUCUCUACGAGAAACUCGGACUUCUCCACGAGGAACUCCACCGACUUCAGGACGCAGUCGGAGGAGGAGCACUUCUCGGAUGACUCGCUCGAGGAGCUUCUGCCCCCGCCGCCCGCGCUCAGCAAGAGGCACAGCAUCGCUUGGGAAGUCUCGCUCGACGACGAUCCGCUCUACGUGCCCGGCAGUACCAAGGUCGUCGGAAGGAGGAGACGGAAGAGCAGCGACGUUUCUAGUGUCGGCUCAGCCUCGAAGCUCCGAGAUUUCGACGACUGGCAGGACCCGCGGGUCUCCACGACCGACGACGACCUGAUCUCGCCGUACUCGGACUCCUCGACGAACGACUUGGAUCAGCUGCGUCUCCAGGAUCUCAGCAAGAGCGGCACCUACGUCAUUCGUCGUGGCCGCAAGAAGGAGCGCAAGCUCCUACCCAAGAGCCCUACUAAGAGCCUCGACGACGAGACGGAGGACAGCAGGCUGACAGAGAUGCGCCGCUUCUCCAACACAUUCGACAACAUCAAGAGCCUCCUCAAGGAAAACAGCAAGCUGGAGGGCAUCAACGAGCCGCCCAGUGAGUUCGCCAACUCGCAGACGGUCUCUCAGCCGGACCUCGUGCACGUCCCCUCUAGGACAUCGUCCUGCGAGCGCAGGGAGAAGCGCAGAUCCGCCCACCGCGAGCCCGAGCCUCUACCCAUCGAAGAGGAGAAGUCCAAUGGCCCGGAGAACUUGCAACCUCAGCAGCCUCAGCAGCAGCAACAGCAGCAACAGCAGGAGAAGGAAGAGCAGGAGCCAGAGCAGCAGCCCGAGGACAAUGACUCGGGGUCGAUGAAGAUCACGAGCUUCGCCGAACGAACGAAGGAGUGCAACGGCAUAACCAUAACCACGUCCAAAAGUCUGGACGUGUCUCGUGCCGUGCACCUGAUCGUCGACGAAGUGCCAGUGCGUCGGUCCGCAAACAGCGAUCACCACUCGCGACUCGAGUCCAAGAUCCCUGUGAAUCUGCUGAUUGAAGACCAGAUAGUGAAGAAGGCGCUGAACGAGAACCGCCGCCAGCUCGAGAAGGUCAGCGACGCGAUCAAGGAGAUCGAGAGCGUGAAGAACAGCUGUGUGGCUGAGUUCGCGGAUACGGGCAGUGGCCGACAACGCUGGCGCAGCAACGGCGACUGCAAGCUCGCCGGCUCCAAGAGGAAUAGCUUCGAGAACGACAGCUGCGAGCGGAGGCUCCUCGACGUCAGCGCCUACGACAGUAGGCAGCCGCACGCCAGAAAGGCUCAGCCGCCGCCACCCGCGCCACCGCCGCACGCUACCGACCUAACGGAUGGGGCUUCCAAACCGAGCGAGCUCGACUUUGAGCGUAGGAGGUUGAACGGAGGGGACAUAUACUCGUCCGGGAGGAGAACAAGGGUUGGAGACCUUGAGAAUCACAAGAACGACACGAAACAAAUCGAGAACGUGAUCGAUGCUAUACUCGAGGACUCCAAGAAUCCAGACUUUCAGAAACUGGGCCCGUAUGCACAGGUGAGCGUGGAGGUGUUGGAGUUCCCACCGCUACCGCCGUCGCCAGUCGAGGAGGCCGACGAGGAAAGCUCCGACGUAGGCGGCUCGGGCGGUUGCAACGGCAGCACAACGACGGCGGUGAGAGAGACGAAGCCGAAGGUGCCCGGACACGCGAAUCGCACGAUGGACUACAGGCCACGAGUGCCGCCCCAUCGAGGCAUCAGCCUCGAUUCCUCCAAGGAGCAUCACCAGACCACCUCGCUCAACACGAGGUCUAUGGAUGCGGGCUACUCGCGCGGACGUAGAACCGCUGCGGGCAUCGCCAAUGCCAGACGAGAGGUGCCGGUGGAGCGAAGGACACUGCCGACGGAUCUGCCAGGGCCGUCGCGACGACGUCCCUUCACGAAGCGCCACUCGCCCUCGACGGAGGCCUGUUCGUCGACGGGCAACGGCAGCGGAGGCGGAGCCGGCAACACGGCCACAGGCUCGGGUAUGCAGACCAGCUGCUCGCUGCCGGAGACGCCGGUCUUCGCACGGGGCAGCGAUAUCCCGAGGACGCCACAGCACGCGAGCGGAGGUAACCCCACGCAGCCGCGCAGACAACCCGGAUGGUACGCGCCCACCACCGCCACCACUGGGUACCGGAGGAACAAUCCAGGCCUGGAGCAGGCGAUAAUCGGCACGGAGUUGCUGCGGCUUGCGGGCGGACCGAAUCGCGGCUGGUACCCGACGCGCAAGUCCAAUCAGCCGCGGCCAGCCUCGAUCGAGCACCUGGAGCGGCUGAACAGCGCGUACGACGCGAGGCUGCCAGGAGCCGGCGAGCAGAGGAAGCCCCUGACCUUGCCGACCAACAUCACGCCCAACAAAUACUUCGGCCAAAGUAAGCACAGCUCCACCUCCAGUACACGCGAGGCGCUCAGGAGGGUCACUAGCUUACUCAUCAAGAAAGGGGGUGGAAGCAAGGACGGGAAGAGUGGCAAGGAUAAUCUUUCGCCAUCCGGUCCUUAUGCUGUUGUUGCAGGUGUCGAGACGAGCGACGCGCCGAAGAAGAAGGGCUUCUUCAAGAACUUCUGGAAGCGCUCGCGACACUACUCCCUGGAGAACCAAUAGCCCAGGUGCGCCAGGGUAGCCAAUCGCCAGCGACAGGGACAGCAGCGAGCCACGGCCAACGGACACCUCCAGCAGCAGAAUCAGCUCGCGAUAUCGAGCAAUCCCUGCUGCUGCAUCGUCCAGUGAAUCCGAGGAUAAGCUUCGUUCAACAUAACGGCCAGGCUUAAAUUCAUCUAUCGAGUUUUAUCGUCUUUUCUCAUCCUGUUUUCGUCUGUGUGUCUGCUGCGCUUAUUCUAUUCCGAGUUUUGCUCGUUUCUUUCGGUUACUAUACAUGUAUAUGCACGAUAUGUAUAGGUUGUGUCUAGCGCGACGGUUUCUCCUUUUUCAUCGAUCUAUAUGGGCCGGAUGUUCGAAGGUAUAGUCUUCAUUAACAAAGCAUAUGAUAACGCACGACUAAUGUAUUAACGAUUAUUAUCCCGCUCUGUGUUCGAAUGUCCGGCUGUCUAAUGUCUUAGAUUUUUACAAUUCGGUUCAAUAUUAUACUGCGAGAGAUACGCUAUUUAUACAGUAUAUAUACAUACGGAAUUCGCAUUGCGAGUACGCGACUGCCAGUUCUACUGCAAUAGAGCACUCUAAGCCUAAGACACACACGUUUUUACAAUAAUAUUAUUACAAAUUUCAUAAAGACAAUUAGGGUGUAAGCUUGAGGAUAUAAUAUAAUGUAACGUGUAUCCUCGGAUGAAGAGGAGGACGAUUUUCUAAAGAAAACGAAUAACGAGUGUACCCUCAAUGCGAAUUCUCGUGAUAUGCCUAUACGUAUAUAUAUAUUUGUAGGUAAGUGUGUACAAAGUUUAGCGAAGGUGUAUCGCGCCGCGCGUAUAUAAUAUAUAUAUAAUACGAGAAGCCGUUGCGCUAGAACAGCUGCUGCCGCGGAGUAUAAACACGCGAGGCAUAUACGUAUAAUCACUCUCCGAGAGCUGAAACAGUUGUAUUUCGGAGUUUCUCUCUGCGCGCAGAGCAGGCGUGUGUUCUUUCUGACAAAAUAUAAUAUGGGUUGGAAAAUGCAAAAAAAAAAAAAAAGAAACGAGAAGAAAGUGUAAAUAAUUUGUUCAUCGCCGACGAGUGAGAGUAUCGCUGAUAUCCCUGAUCCUGAAAUGAUGACACACGAUGAUUAUAUGACACGAAAGAGAAACAGCAAACCGCGCACAGACGGUCGAAAAUGUUCGAGGCGAAGAACGAACAAUCAAUCGUAAAAUCGUUGAACUGGGGAGAGAAUUGCGGAAAGAGAAAAUAAGAGAGUAUUUUUCCCGUCGCUGGACAUUCGCCGAUGGAUUGUCUACCCUGACGUAUAGUAUCUAUAUAAAUAUAUUAUCUUAUCGAUGACUCGCGCGCGCAUAACACGCGCGCGUUUCCUUUUUCGUUUUUCAUUUAUUACGUAUGUAUAUGUAAACGAGCUUUUACACGAGUACGGAUGUAACGAUGACGAUAUGUAGGGCUAUAGUGCCAAUUUGUUUACCUUCCUGCAUAGUGUUUUUAUUUUUUGUUUUCAAGCCCGCGCUUGUGUAUUUUUGACGAGUACGGAAACUUGUUGUUUUUCUAUCAUGAUGAUAUAGCGACGCGCGUCGCGUAUAUUACGAUUUUUUUCUCCGCACCUCAAGCGAUCCUUGGAAUACGGAUAGGAACGUGCUGAUUUGACUAUUUUUUUUUUUUUAGUAACUUUGACAAGAAGAAAACAUAACAUUGCGAUCCUCGACCCACGAGGAAUUAUACUGCAUAAAUUGAAUGGAUUUUUUGCGACUGUAUAUCUGUUCCUUUGACAAAUAUGAUAUGUAUAACGAAAGUGCGAUUCACGAGUUUUUAAACGUGUUUGAGGUGUUUUUUGUCUCAAAUGUGGGCCGCGAGUUUGUCUAUGACUCUAAUAACGCCAGAUAAUUUUUCAUACGCAUCGUAUAUUAUAAUGAAGAAAAAUAAAAGAAUGAAGAGUAAGAAAGAAAAGUGUAUAGGUUUGAAGAAAGAGCGAAGAGAAUGUACAAUCGGGCCGAAUGUCCAGCUCCAGAUCGCGAAGAAAGCGCGGAAAGUUGGGA